AUGGCAUCCGCAGAACUCUCCAAGAAGCGCAAGCGCGCCGAGGCCACGGCCGCCGCCGUCGCUGACGACGAGUCCACCACCGCGACAAAGAAGUCCAAAUCCGAAAAGAAGGAGAAGAAGGACAAGAAGGAAAAGAAAGAAAAGAAGGAGAAGGCUGCUGCCGCCGCCGCCGCCGCCGCCGCCGAGUCUGAACCCGCGACCGAGUUCAUCGCCCUCGAGGAAUCCAAGGCCGAAAAGAAGGAACGCAAGCGCAAGGAAAAGGAAGCCCGUAAAGCCGCCGAGGCCGCAGGAGCAGCAUCAGAUGCCGACGCCGACGCAAUGGACGUCGACCCGCCCGUCACGGAAGAGAAGAAGAUCAAGAAGAGCAAGAAGGACGACUUGGACGUGAAGACGGAAAAGAAGGAGAAGAAGGACAAGAAAGAAAAGAAGGACAAGAAGAAGAAGGAGGAGAAGGAGGCCGAGGAGACUACCGCCGCUCCCGCCAAAGAGAAGACGGACAAGACAGAGAAGAAGUCCAAGAAGGCGAAAAAGUCCAAGGACGAAACCGCUCCCGCCCCCGCCGCAGCACCAGCAGCAGCUGAGCCAGCAACCACCCAAGAAGAAGAAGAGACGCCCGCCGAGGGAGGCAAGAGGGAAAAGUACAUUGUCUUUGUCGGAAACCUCCCCUACACGGCAAACAAGGACUCCAUCAACGCCCACUUUGCCGCCUACAAGCCCUCCGCCAUCCGCUGCCUCCACAAGGACGGCAACCCCAACGUCUGCCGCGGCAUCGCCUUUCUCGAGUUCAGCAACGGCUCCAACAUGCGCACCUGCCUCGACAAGAUGCACCACACCUCGUUCGACGACGGCCUCUCCCCCGCGCGCCAGAUUAACCUUGAGCUCUCCGCCGGCGGCGGAGGCAAGAGCAAGUUCCGCAAGGAAAAGAUCAAGGAGCGCAACGUCCACCUCGACGAGAAUCGCCAGAGGCGCAUGCAAAAGGAGGAGGAGUACAAAAAGGAGAGGGCGAAGCAGGGCGGCGCCAACAGCCAACAGGAGAGCAUCCACCCCAGUCGCUUGGCCAUGAUGUAUCAGUAG